AUGAUUGAUAAACGCUACAUGUUGCUUGACGCUCUUGCAGUUUUCUGUUCAACAUUGCCAAGGCGAAGGAAAUGUACCCACGAGUCGCGCGGGUUUGUUAACGCUAUCCAUACCCAGAAGUUUCCGGAGUCCUUGGAUGGGACAGAGCCUCCACUCUCUUCCUCUGAUGUCGACAUCAGAUUUUCUGUCAAUGACAAAGGCCCAAUCGCCUCAGAUUCGACGAGCGUUGACAGUCCCCUGGAAAGAUCUUGGUCCCAACAACAAGCAAGAUAUGGCAUUAUCGCAGUGACAAGGCCCAAAGCCUCGCCGGAUGACCUUAGUCCCUCUUUCAGUGAAGGAGGCAGAGGUGGCGAAGCGAACUUGCAAACGGAAAGUUUGUUUAGCAACUUGACUACAGUUCUACAACACGAGCUAAAUUUCAAAAAGCAAGUCGAAAACAAUGCCGAAAAGUUCAGGACGAAGAGUGGAGGACUCCAGUACUUGAGACAUGAGGAACUCCACGGCACGUGGCAUUUCUUGAUCAUCAACCAUGGCUUGGAAACGACCAGAUCGGAGGCUUUCUCAGUUCUGAUCAAUGUUUUUGGUGAGACAUUGAUGUGCCUGAGCCUGUGGAUCUUUACUCCACCGGUAGUUGCAGCUGAAGAUCGGGUCCUUGCCGGCCCGAGAUGGAGGGGUGAGGCGACUCCGGUAAUUUCAAGGGACCCAAGGAAGGAGAAGGAGAAUCAAGACAGAGGAGAGGUCCGGAUCUUGGGCUGA